AUGGCAGGGCUACGGAUGCUCGUCGCUGCAGGCCUGGCAGGCCUUGUGCCUAUCUCAUGGGCACAGCAGUUUGCCGACACCGGGAUGUUUGCAGCAUAUACAGGGUUGAGCAACGAGUGUCAAGGGGCUCUGGCAGCCAAUGUGAUUCCUACUGCCACCAGCGAUCCGGGGUAUAUCUAUAUUCCGACAUACUACCCGACUGCGCCCGGCACGCUAGCGAACUGUACCGCGUACCGCAACUACACGGACACAACGAACAUUAUGUUCAACGUGACGGACAAGAUGAUGAUAAUGCUUAACUCCUGCUUAUAUCUCUCGCGUUCCUACGAAGUCUCUAUGGACCAGCUGAAGGAGUGGAAUCCGAUUCUUUCAGGCAAUGUGAGCACCUGCGCCUUGCAACCCGGCUAUAGCUACUGCAUGUUGGGGAGCGAGGAUUCCAUAAUCCCAGACGAAAGCGCGGGCAGCUUUUGUCUAUCCAUCAACGCUACGGAGCCCACUACUGUGUCAAACUGUAACUGCUUUACCCAGGUUUCUGGCUACAUGAAUAAUGGUGAUUAUACUUGUUCGGAUAUUAAAGACGACUUCGAACUCACAGUAGCCGAUUUGGUUGCAUGGAAUCCUUGGCUUGCUGGUGAUUGCGAUACAAAGCUUUAUCUAAAUAUCACUGGGAAUGAUAAGCGCGCAUUGUGUAUCGGGGUUGACACCAAUACAAAGACAACUACCUCGAGCACCUCACCAGCUCCAACCCCAGCCGACACUGUUGUCUCAAGAGAUGACUGUGACGAGUAUCAUACCGUUGCUCAUGGUGAUUCGUGCGCCAGCAUCGAGAGCUUGUAUGAUAUUACGUUUGCAGAGCUGUACAAAUGGAACCCAGCUAUUGGGUGGGUGUUUCUUCCAAGGCCUUGA